GCGAGACAGAAGAAAAACAAAACUCUCUGAUCGAUCAAAAUCUCUCUCUCUUAAAUACUCCCUAAACCGACAAACCAACUUUUCACAGUUUCAAAAGCUUUAUUCGAUUUCUAAACAAACCCUAAGAAGUAGAACUCUACAUUCCUUCUCACCCCUGCAGUCUGAGAGAGAUAAGUUAAGAUCAUCUUCCUCACUAAUUGAUCGUUUCGUCUUGUGGAAAUAUUACAAGACAUGUGGUGGGAACUGGGAGAGAGUUGAUUUUAAGUGGGAGAAGAGAAGCCCUUGGUAAUAUAUGGCUGGUUGUGUCCGACUAUGGCAGGCUUUUUCUCGCUAGGCAACGGCAUAGGAGUAGACGGAAGCCGCCAAGACCACACUAGUACUAAUAGUAAUAACAUUCCUUCUCCAUCCAGAAACGAAUCUUGGCUCUGGUGCAGAAACCCUAACACAAACGCAAACGCAAACGCUAACGCUGGGGGUGGUGAUAUCACUCCUUCUUAUAAAGGAACACUUGAGUUAUGGCAGCAUCCAAACAAUCAACAAAUCAUUUUCCAGCAACAGCAGCAACAAAGGCUGGAUCUCUACACUUCCGCUGCUGGUUUAGGGGUUGGUCCAAGCAACCGGAGCUUAAUUGAAACUUCCGGCGGUGGAGCCUCCGCGUUAGUGAUGAUGAAAAGUGAUGGCGCACCGAGCUGCCAGGACUGUGGGAACCAAGCUAAGAAAGAUUGCGCUCACAUGAGGUGCAGGACUUGCUGCAAGAGCCGAGGCCUUGAGUGUCCCACUCACGUGAAGAGCACGUGGGUUCCUGCCGCCAAACGCCGAGAACGCCAACAGCAGCUUUCCUCCUCCCAGCAAUUGCAAGGUGAGAGCGUUCCUAAACGGCCGAGAGACCAUUUCCCAAUCCCAUCAAGAUCAACUUCCCUUGUUUGCACUCAUAACACCUCAGGGUUACAGGUUGGCAACUUUCCGCCGGAAAUUAGCUCGUCUACAAUGUUCCAGUGUGUGCGUGUGAGUUCGGUGGAUGAGGGAGAAGAUGAGUAUGCUUACAAAACAGCUGUGAGCAUAGGCGGUCACGUUUUCAAAGGUAUUCUUUACGACCAAGGUCCGGCCGAGAGAAGUUCCUCGGGCGGUGGAUCUCAGCCGUUGAAUCUAAUAACCGCAGGGCCAUCUGCCUCCUCGUCAAGCGCAAACGUGACCUGCAACAAUGGUGUCGUUGGCUCCACUUCAGAUCAUUACAUUGAUCCUGCCUCACUUAAUUAUCCUACUCCCAGUAACAAUUUCAUAACUGGUACGCACUUCUUCUCCAACCCUAGAUCUUGACGGAUCAUACUCAUUUAAUUCUUACAGCACAUCUAGGGUUUUUUUUAGAACAGAGGAACAGGAGGAGUUUAGAACUUUAAUCAGUGCUGUAGAGAGUAAUAUCCGAAUCCUGAUAAUGUUUCUAUUCUAUAUUAAAUUGCUAAAUGUCUUUCACUAUUAUGUUCAAUUUCUAUUUAAAAGGUUAAAAUUAUCUAUUAUCUGCGUAAAAAAUAGUUAUAAAUUACAUAGUGUGUCUAUUUGGACGUACCUUGUUUUAUUGGAGUAUAAUAGAGUCAAGUUUUCAAAUGUUUAAAAGUCAACGAGUCUGUAUCUGUGGAAGCUCACAUCAACAGCUUUCCAACUGGCAGUUUUCAACUCUGAUAAACUCAGCCUUCUUCUUUUCUACUUUCAACUCAAGACGUUUUCGACGUCAAAUUUUAAAUUUAAAUAUGUUUGUAUUAGGUCAGGUAAUUACACAUGUAAUUUGCG